AUGGGUGACUACGGCGAGAACAUGCCUAUCAGCCCCGACGCUGUCCAAUUGACCUUUGCGCAAAAAGCAGAUGAAAACAAGCUCGCCGAGCAGCGAUCAGCGAGCGCACUCGAGCAGACAAAAAUCAGCCUCAGCCUGCGGCCCGAAACCUCGAUCGCGAACCUCACAGCCUUCUGCGCCCGGCAUAAAUGUACAUUGCUCGGCGUUUUGAACGUGGCAUGGGCCCUGGUUCUUUCUACUUACACGGACACUGAGCUCGCUCAGGUCCUCUUUGUGCGUUACAAGGAUGGCACUCCCUACAUCGGCUUGUCGGAGAUCGUGACCGACGGGGGAGAAACGAUCCUGCAAGUUCUGGCGCUGGUCGAGCAACACCUAUCAACGGGCAUGCCAGUCCCAUCGACCACCACCAUUACCGACCUUCAGAAUUGGACCGCUUCAGAUGGGCACCCGGUCUUUAACAGCGUGGUCCUUUUCUCAGACAGUACGACCGCGGAGCGCAAAGAGGCUGGAGAUUAUAUCUCUCUACACGCAAGAGUGGCGGGCGACCAGCUUUGUAUCAAUCUUCAAGCCCCGAGCCAUUUACUUCCCGCCGCGCAGGCUCAGAACUGCGCAGCCACCCUAAGCCAUGUCCUUGGCGAGAUCGUGCAGAAUCCCGAUCUUCCCCUCUCCGACAUUGGCCUCAUGAGUCCCCAGGGACUAGACCAGAUUUCAAAAUGGAAUCACACUGCCCCUGCAGUUGUGUCUCGAUGCGUACAUGAACUCGUUGAUGAGACCGCCGAAACACAGCCUGAUACGAUUGCUAUUGAUGGAGCCGACGGUACCAUGACAUACGGCGAGCUCCGAUCGUACUCCAACCAACUGGCACACUACCUCACACAGCAGGGUGUUGGCCCCGAGUUUACCGUUCCUUUGUUCUUUGAGAAGUCCAAAUGGGCCAUUGUGGCCAUGCUCGGAGUGGUGAAGGCGGGUGGAACCAUUGUCAACCUGGAUGCUAAGCAGCCCAAGGAGCGCCUACGGGGAUUGCUCGCUCAGCUUCAAGCAUCCAUCGUGCUAACAUCCGUCCAAAAUGCUGAUCUUUGGAAAGAUGAGCGGCCCGUCUUCGUGAUUUCGGAGGAAUUCUUGCACCAACUUACAACGGUGGCUGAGGCACCAAAAGUCGCAGUGACGCCGCAAAAUGCUCUUUACAUCAUUUUUACCUCCGGCAGUACAGGUACACCAAAAGGGUGUGUUGUUGAGCACGAAUCGUUUCUCCCAGCAGCUGCACAACACAUCAAAGCUGGAAACAUUCUCUCCUCCAGCCGAAUUCUGCAGAUGACCCCGUAUACGUUCGACGUCAGCAUGCUAGAGAUCUUUACCACCCUUACGAUCGGCGCCUGCAUCUGCUUCUGCAAUGAUAGCGAGGCUGCUCGCGGUGUUGCUCACAUCAUCAAUUUCCUCAAAAUCUCUUGGACUUUCAUGACUCCCUCCCUUGUGCGAUUGGUGGAUCCGUCCUCUGUUCCAACCCUAAGAACUCUCGCUCUUGGUGGUGAGGGUCUUGCUCGGAUUGAUGUGACAACUUGGGCGGACAAAUUGCACCUGAUUAACGGCUAUGGACCCAGUGAAUGCUCAGUUGCAGCGACAAUGCAUGGGCCACUAUCGCUCAAUUCUGACCCCGCCAACAUCGGCCUUGGAUGUGGCGCCAUAUGUUGGGUGGUUGACCGCAAUGAUCAUGACCGGCUUGUUCCAAUCGGGGCAGUUGGUGAGCUGGUUAUUCAAGGCCCAAUCGUCGCUCGCGGUUACUUGAAUGAGCCCGGAAAAACCGCGGCUGUGUUCCUUGACAAGGUACCUGCUUUUGCGGCCACACUGCCUAGAGCACCACCAGCCUUCCGCCUCUACAAGACUGGAGAUCUCGUUCGCCAGAACAGCGAUGGUACACUCACAUUCAUUGGCCGCAAAGACCGUCAAGUGAAGUUGAAUGGGCAGCGACUCGAAUUGGGAGAAAUUGAGCAGCGGCUCUCAGAGAACUCCCUGGUCCGGCACGCUCUAGUUCUAUUACCCAAGCAAGGCCCUUGCAAGGGGCGCCUGGUUGCAGUUUUAUCUCUUCAAGAUUACCCAUACUCUGGAGAGCCUGACGCCAACGUUCAUCAACUCUCUACAGAAGAAUCUCGGGCUGCGCGAGCUCUUCUCCCAGCCAUUAGCACCCAACUGGCCACACAUGUUCCUGGGUACAUGGUACCUACCUUCUGGGUUGUUCUAGCAGCGCUCCCAUUCACUACUUCAGGCAAAGUACACGGAGUUGCCAUGACCCAGUGGCUGCAUGCUAUGUCCGAAGAAACCUACAACGAAAUCGCAGAUGUCAGCGAGGAAAUUCCUACUGUUGACUUGUCAAGUGAGAUCGAGCUGUCACUGCAGAAAAUCUUCGCUGAGGAGAUGGGUAUCCCGAUUACAGAACUGAAGAUGAAUCGCUCUUUCAUCGCUCUUGGCGGAGAUUCCCUCAAGGCGAUGAAAGUCGUUGCUCGCUGCCGGCAACAGGAACUGAAAUUGUCGGUCGCUGAUGUUCUCCGCGCUUCAAGUCUGAUUGCACUUGCAAAGUGUGUGGAACAAGCAUCUAGCGGAUCUAACUCCGUGCCAGAAGAAAGCAAGAAGGAGGCGUUUCAUUCCACCCCGGAACAACGCGUUGCGGCUCUUGCGGAGUCACUUCUUACAGCAAUUGGCCUCGCAAGAGAGCAGUUAGAAGACGCCUAUGGUUGCUCGCCAAUGCAAGAUGGCAUUCUCCUCAGUCAAGUCAAGUUUCCCGGUACUUACGAGAUUCGUCGCGUGCUGCAUGUUCAGUCGACUCACGAUGUGGAUACUACUGUAUCACGACUGCAGACUGCAUGGCAGAUGGUGGUGGACCGACAUCAAGCUUUGCGGACUGUUUUUGUUGAAGUUGAGGGGCGUUUUCAGCAACUGGUUCUCAAAAAAGUCUCAGCAUACUUCCAAAUUUGCAAAUUCUCGGACUUGGAAGAUCAAGAGGCUGUUAUAAAUCGCCUUAAGACCUUGCCCCCGCCCAGCUUUAAGCCCUCGCAACCACAGCAUCGUCUGACUAUCUGCUGUGCAGGAGUCAACGAAGUUUUCCUGAAGUUUGAGAUAAGCCAUGCACUGGUUGAUGGUGGUUCCACGGAAGUUAUUCUACGCGAAAUUUCUGCAGCCUUUGAUGAGCAUUCAUUGUCGGGAAGCCCUGCGCGCUUCAGCGACUACAUGGACUACAUCUCCAAUCCCGAAGCCGCUGAAAUAUCAUUAGGCUACUGGACUGAACACCUCAAGGGUACGCAGCCAACGAUUAUGCCAAUGUACCCCGCGGAUGCCACCGAGAAGCGAAUCUGCUCUGUCCCUGUCCCCUUCAAUGACACAGCAGCGCUGAUCCAAUUUUCCGAGGCAAAUGGCGUGACUCUAGCAAAUGUUCUUCAAGCCGCUUGGGCCUUGGUUCUUCGCACUUACACCGACACCAGUGAUAUUUGCUUUGGCUAUAUUGCAGCUGGACGGGAUGUGCCGGUUGAAGGAAUUGACCGUGCCGUCGGAGCUUUCAUCAACAUGCUCGUAUGCCGUGUACGCCUUGAAGAACAGCCGACCAUUCUCGAUGCCAUACUUGGUAUGCAGGAGCAGUACUUCGAUGCUUUACCGCACCAGCAUACCUCUCUCGCUCAGAUUCAGCACCGUUUAGACUUGUCAGGGAUGCCGCUUUUCAACAGCAUCAUAUCGGUCCAGAACGAUGUGUCAGACCAGCCAUAUGCUGAGUCGCUUGCGUUCAAGUCCAUCGAGGAAGAUGAUCCUACAGAUUUCGAUCUCUGCGUCGCAAUUCAUGUUGGAAACGACAAUGUCAGGAUCGACAUUGGUUACUGGUCAUCACUUUUGACUAAGGGAGAUGCGUCCAAUCUCGCAUAUACCUUCAGUAGCGCAAUUUCCGCCAUCCUGAGGGACGCAUCAGUACCUGCUGUGUCAGUGGACCUUUUCAGCGAGUACGAUCGCAGCCAAGUGUUUGCCUGGAACCAGGAUGAGCCAACGUCAAAACCCGGCGUGGUACAUGACUAUGUCUACGCCAAGGUGCAGGAGCAGCCCGAUGCUCAAGCUGUCUGCGCUUGGGAUGGUGAGUAUACUUAUAGAGAGUUGGGUGGCUUAUCGGAGAAGCUGGCCCACCACUUGGCAGAGCUUGGAUCUGGUCCUGAGGUUUUGAUUCCUCACUGCUUCUCCAAAUCCAAGCUGGCAGCAGUGGUUAUGCUUGCCAUCAUGAAGUCGGGCAGUGCUUGUGUGGGGCUGAGCUCAAGUCAUCCACGCACCCGAGUUCAAGACAUCAUAGAAAACUGUGCUGCAACCAUAGCAGUCGUCGCGAAGGAGAACAUCGGUGUCGUGGAUGGUCUUGUCAAUCGGGUUGUGGUCGUGGAUGAGGCUUUCCUGGCAAAUCUCCCUGAGCCGUCCCCAGGUGCACAACUCCCGAAAGCCUUGCCACAUAAUCCCGCCUUUGUUUCAUUUACUUCCGGAAGCACUGGCAAGCCGAAGGGUAUCGUUCUUGAACAUGAGUCUCUCAUCACCAGUAUUCUCGCUCAUGGGCCAGAGUGGGGGGUGGACCAGUCAGCCCGUGUUCUGCAAUUCUCAGCUUACGCUUUUGAUGCGAGUGUUUCGGAUACAUUCACCACGCUAGUUGGAGGUGGAACCGUCUGCAUUCCUCAUGAAAAAGAUCGCGUGGAUGACCUUGUUGGCGCUAUUAAUCGCUUAGGUGUCAACUGGGCGUUCCUGACCCCGCGUGUGCUCAGUCUUCUUACGCCUGAGCUUGUCCCCGGUUUGAAAACGGUUGUUCUUGGAGGAGAAGCCAUCUCCAAAGAAGAUAUAGCUCGAUGGACGGAUAAAAUCUGCAUUCGAAUCGUCUACGGCCCUACGGAGUGCACAAUUUACAGCAUGGGUUCCGAGCCGCUCAACUCUCAAAGUGAUCCUUUGUGCCUGGGUCAUGCAGUCGGUACUCGCCUGUGGAUCACACAUCCAGACGACGUCAAUAAGCUCAUGCCGGUGGGAUGCACCGGUGAGCUUAUUAUCGAAGGUCCACUGGUCACACGAGGUUACUUGAACGAGCCCGCCAAGACGGAGGCUGCUUACUUCGAAGAUCCUGUGUGGCUUCCAAAGAAAGAGUCUGGCGAGCCUCGGCGUUUCUACAAGACAAGCGAUUUGGUGCGAUACUACCCUGAUGGCCAACUCCGAUUCAUUGGUCGCAAGGACACUCAGAUCAAGAUCCGUGGACAACGAGUUGAACUCGGUGAGAUUGAACAUGCAAUUCUCGAGAGCAUGCCCGGUGUCUCGCAUGUGACUGUUGAUUCCGUGGUUUUGCCACCUCAGACUCUCGUUGCUUUCCUUCGCAUUGAGAGCUUGUCGACUGGGAUUGAACCUCUUUUCGUGCCACUUGAUUUCGGCAUGGCUGAUCAACUACGCACCCUUGAAAAGAAUCUAGUUGACAAGCUUCCGAGUUAUAUGAUUCCGAGUCUAUUCAUUCCAAUCUCCCACAUUCCCAUGACUAUCUCCGGGAAGGUGGAUCGGAUUGCAUUGCGUCGAGCAGUUCUCUCCAUGAAUGAGCGACAGCAAAAGAUGUACGCACUAGCUGACGAGGUCAAAGAAGAACCUCAGACUGAACAAGAGCACUGCCUUCGGGAUCUUUGGGCUGUCGUUCUUGGCAAAGAGCCCAGCUCUGUGGGCCGACAGGACAGUUUCUUCCGCCUCGGAGGUGAUUCUAUUGGUGCAAUGAAGCUAGUCGCAGCUGCACGACGAGCAGGCUACCUGCUCAGUGUCGCUGAUAUCUUCCGCCAUCCUGAGUUGAUAGAAAUGGCUGUGCGUCUUGAUCUGAGCAAUGGAGCCAAGGCAGCUGCCUAUGCUCCUUUCUCAUUGCUACAAGACGAGCAAAAUCAGCGACAGGCAACUCUCGAAGAAGCUGCACAGCAGUGUUCAGUGUCUCAAGAUGCGAUUGAGGACAUAUACCAUGCUACACCCCUUCAAGAAGGUGUUUUCCUUAUGUCAACCACUCACGAUGGUGCAUAUGUCGCCCCAACUGCAUUCGCACUUCCCUCUGAAUUUGACGUAAGGAAGUUCCAGGAGAGUUGGCAAGAGCUGGUGAAUGCUCAUCCGAUCCUGCGUACACGAAUCGUCACCAUCAAUGCCAUCUCCUAUCAAGCAGUCCUAACAAAGAAUGCCUCAGUCAUCGAAUGGGAAACUGCGGCAUCCCUCAACGAGUACAUUGAUCGUGUUCGCGCUUCGCCAGUUGCCGCUGGUAGACCACUUUGCAGGUUCGCAUUGGUCCCCAAUGAAGACUCUACGGUCUUUGUUUGGACAGCUCAUCACGCCCUGUUCGAUGGAUGGACCAUGGGCUUGUUGUUUGAUCAGCUUGCCCAGCUCUUCAAAGAUGGCACGCGUCCUGCGCCGGCUACGUCUUUCGCUGAGUUCGUGCAAUUCACCCGGCAAAUGAGCCAAGAUACUUCUCGAGACUUUUGGGCAUCGCUCUGCCCGCAGGAGCCACCAGCUGUUUUCCCUCGCCUGCCUUCCUCAACAUACCACCCCACUGCGAACACAACCUCGUAUCGUACCAUCUCAACCAAUUUGUCAAAGAAUACGGACUUUACUAUGGCGAUUCUACUGCGAGCUGCUUGGUCCAUUGUUCUUGCGCGCUACACAGAUGCAGAGGACAUUUUAUACGGACUGACCCUUUCUGGUCGAGAUCUACCGGUUUCUGGUAUCGAGAAAGUGAUGGGACCAACAAUUACAACAGUCCCAAUGAACGUUCACCUGGAUGGUGAAAUGUUGAUACAAGACUUUCUGCAGCGGCAGCAUGACGAAAAUGUCGAGAUGAUGCGUCAUCAGCACGUCGGACUGCAAGCAAUUCGCCGUAUUAGUAAAGCGACAGCGGCAGCUACUGAAUUUACAAAUUUGUUUGUGGUGCAGCCUCAAGCGACGCAAGUCAGCGGUCUCACGGAGUUGACUCAGAUUCCCACCGACAUGACCCGAUUUGACCCAUACGCUCUUGUUGUUGAGUGUAAUCUGGGAGACGAUCAGAUCCUCUUGGAGGCUCGUUUCGAUAGCUCAAUCCUCAGCAUGGAUCAAGCAAAUCACCUUCUCGGUCACUUCGACCAUGUUCUUAGCCAACUCACCAGUUUCAGGCCUGAUUGUCGACUGCAAGACAUUGAUGCAUUCAGCCCCGAGGACGAGCGGCAGAUUUGGAAAUGGAAUGCCGUCCCGGCGAAGUCCGAAGACUUCUGUAUUCAUGACUUGAUCGCUGCUCAAGCUGAUCGCCAUCCACAAGAGAUUGCCGUUGACGCAUGGGAUGGAUCGUUUACGUACAAAGAGCUUGAUAAUCUCUCCACAAGGCUGUCAAAUUACCUUGUCACCAAUAUCGGCAUCAGGCCCGAGUCUUUGGUACCUCUUUGCUUUGACAAAUCCCGUUGGACAAUCGUGGUCAUGCUGGCAGUGGUAAAGAGUGGUGGAGGUUGUGUCAUGUUGAAUCCUGACCACCCAGUCUCCCGUCUCGAGGGUGUGAUCACCGACACAGGCUCAUCGGUUGUGCUUGCAUCGCCAGAGCGAGUGGGACUGUUCAGCUCGCAUGCCGCCAAGAAAGUUGUGAUCACUGAAGCUCUAGUUCACAGUCUUGCCCUGACCGAACAGGAUUGCUUGCCUCUGCCUCCCAUUCAACCGACAAAUCCAGUUUUCGUGAUAUUCACGUCUGGUAGUAGUGGGAAACCCAAAGGUAUCGUCGUGCAACAUAACAGCGUCUGUACAGUGGCUAUUCAGCACGGUGAAGGACUUGGCUUCAAGGGACCGGGCCUCAGGGUGUUACAGUUUGCCUCUUUCAGCUUUGACGUCAGCAUGGGAGAGGUUUUCUUGACAUUGGCUAAAGGUGGCACACUCUGCAUUCCUACUGAGCAUGAUCGCUUGAACAACCUCGCAGAUACCAUCAAUCGCAUGAAGAUUACAUGGACAUUCAUGGCUCCCACUGUCGCAGCUCUGCUUGAUCCUCGCGAGGUUCCCGCCUUGAAGACCCUCGUUCUGGGCGGUGAAGCUGUCUCGCAAAGCCUCGUCGAUCAAUGGGCCACAAGCGUUAAUCUCAUUGAUUCUUACGGCCCUGCAGAGUGCACUAUCUGGGCCUCGCAUGCCAUUGCCAGUGCAACUGUAUCGCCUGCGAACAUCGGCCGUGGAGUGGGCUGCCGCUACUGGAUCGUCGAUCCUUUAGAUUACAAUCGGCUCACUCCAAUUGGCUGUGUUGGUGAACUACUCAUUGAGGGUCCCAAUGUUUCUCGAGGUUAUCUGAACGAGCCAGAGAAAACAAAAGCCGUGUUUGUCGAAAACCCAAAAUGGCUUCAGGGCAAAGAAACCCCACUUUACAAAUUCUACUGUACUGGCGAUUUAGUCCGAUACAACGUGGAUGGCUCACUCAAUAUCGCUGGUCGCAAGGACAGCCAGGUCAAGUUCAAUGGCCAGCGAAUCGAGCUAAGCGAAAUUGAAUUCCACCUUCGUGCACAUUCCGAAAUCGAGGCAGGUAUGGUCGUCCUGCCAAAGGAGGGGCCUUGCAAGGGAAAGCUUGUCGCUGUUGUGGCUCUCACAGGCCUACAGCCAGCGGCGCUGGAAGGGGACCACAUUGAAUUAGUUCCAAGAACACUGAAGAAUGAAGCACAGCUACGAGUCCAACAGGUUCAGGAUAGGCUGGGAGAACUCCUUCCUCCUUACAUGGUCCCUUCGAUCUGGGUCACCUUGUACUCUAUCCCUCUCACAGCAUCCCGGAAAAUCAAUCGAUUGCCGAUUUCUCGCUGGAUACAGUCCAUGUCUGAUGAGAUCUACCAUGAUGUGGUUGAUAUCACCGUGGCAACUGUGCAUCAGCCCACCACUCAGCUGGAAAAGGAACUUGCGCAAGUUUGGAGUCAUGUUCUGAAUGUAUCUAUCGACGCCAUCGGCUUGGACCGGUCUUUCCUCAGCCUGGGCGGAGACUCGAUCACCGCAAUGCAGGUUGUCUCGCGUUGUCGCUCCUUGGAUAUCCAGGUUAGCGUCCAAGACAUUCUGCAACCGAAAUCCUUGUCUGGGGUAGUUGCUCGUGCACUCGCUGCGAAACCUACCGCGAUUCAUCGUGAAGAACAAUAUGAUACUCAAUUUGAGUUGUCGCCAAUUCAACAGCUUUACUUUGAAGAUGUUGUACGCACCGACGGUGAAGGCAUGCACCAUUACAAUCAGAGCGUCUUGCUGCGUGUUCUGCGCCCGGUCACACCCGCUCAGCUGUCCGAGGCCAUGGAGCGUGUCACAGCAAAUCAUGCUAUGUUGCGAGCUCGCUUCCGUCGAGAUAGUGAUGGAAAAUGGACUCAAAUGGCAAAGAGUCCUGCUCAAGGGCUGUGUUCUUUUGACUCAUGCCUCGUUCAAGACCGUCCCGAACUCUUCGAGAGAUUGAAUGCCUCGCAGAGAAGUAUCAACAUUGAAAACGGACCUGUCUUUGUUGCUAAAUACUUCCAAAUUGCCAAUGAGGAUGUUAGGCUGCUCUCGCUGAUUGCGCACCACUUGGUCAUUGAUGCCGUGUCAUGGCACAUAAUCAUUGGCCAAUUGGAGCAAGUGUUGCAAUUCCCGGAUACUCAGCUGAAUCCAGCUCGCAUGCCGUUCCAAAGUUGGUUGGAAGAGCAGCGGAAACUUGUGGAAAGUCUCUCCAAAAGCCCAAUUCCACUUCAAGAUCUUCCAGCCGCAAACCUUGAGUACUGGGGGCUAGCAAAUCUUCCGCUUUGGGGAAAUGGCCAGGAAAUUUCAUUCACCCUGAACGAGAAGACCACCGCUCUUUUACUGACAGCCGCCAAUACCUCACUGCGCACUGAGCCUAUUGAUCUUCUUCUAGCGGCUCUUCAGUUGUCCUUCGCGGACUCUUUCUCUGAUCGUGAGAUGCCUUCCUUCUUCGUCGAGGGCCAUGGUCGAGAACCGUGGGAGUCCUCCAUUGAUCUUUCAGAAACGAUCGGUUGGUUUACCACUUUCCAUCCUAUUCAUCGUCGGGUGCGCAAGAAUGAAUCCAUCAAAACCACAAUCAAGCGCACUAAGGAUGCACGCCAAUCGUGGAAUGACAAUGGAUUUGCCUACUUCGCUCGUCGCCAUUUCGACGUCGAGACUCAUGAAAAGUUGAGAAGCCAUCGGAUCAUGGAGAUUUGCUUCAAUUACCUUGGGCAAUCACAACACGCAGAGCGGGAAGAUGCUAUCCUUCAAGAAGAAGUCCUUCUUCCGGAGGAGUCCUUGGAGAAUAUCGGCGACUCGAUGGGCAGGCUCGCUGUAUUCGACAUUGUUGCUGCCGUUUCUCAUGGGCGGCUGAAUGUGUCGUUCUUUUUCCAAAACGACAUUCUCCACCAGAGCAAGGUUUGCCAAUGGGUCAAGCGUUGUGAAAGUACUCUUCAAAUGGCUGUUGAUGAGCUCACUGUCAGUGAAACUGAAUUCUGCAUCAGUGAUUUCCCGCUGCUUGAUAUCAACUACCAAGACUUGGCAACACUCACUACUGCUGUUCUGCCAAGUAUUGGAAUUUCGCCCGACGCCAUCGAGGAUCUCUAUCCUUGUUCACCAAUUCAAGAAGGAAUAUUGAUAAGCCAGGCCCGACAGCCAGGUACAUAUGAAGUUCGCCAACUGUUCAAGGUCGUUCCUCGUGAAGAUCAACCCGCCGUGGACGUGUCUCGCUUGGUUGCCGCAUGGCAGCAGACUGUGGACCGUCACGCUUUGCUUCGUACGGUAUUUAUUGAAGCAAUCAACGGCUCGGGUGUUUUCAAUCAGCUGGUCUUGCGUUCCUACCCUGCAGAAGUCAAACGGCUAUCUUUGGACAAUGUCGCCGGACAGGAAGAAGUUGCAGUCUUCGUUACAAGUCAAAUGGGCCCCGACUACCGACAGCCAGCUCCUGCACAUCGCUUGACUAUCUGCCAAACUCCGGACUCAGUGUACUGCCAACUAGAAGUCAGUCACGCACUCAUCGACGGUACAUCAAUGGCACUCCUUGUCCGUGACCUUGUGGCUGCAUAUGAGGGUACUCUGCUCGCAGUUCCGGGCCCACUCUAUAGCACCUACAUGAAAUAUUUAUCACAGCAGUCUGAAGCAGAUGCUCUAUCUUACUGGAAAUCACAGCUGGAAAAUGUCGAGGCCUGCCAUUUCCCCGCUCUCAACACAAUGCCUGUGUCCACCACAGGAUUCCAGUCGAAGGUCAUCGAAAUUGAUGCCGGGGGAGAGCUCAAGAAAUUCUGUGAAGCCAAUGAUCUGACAAUGAGCAAUUUGUUCCAGGUCGGAUGGGGACUGGUACUACGAGCUUACACAGGAAGUUCGGAUGUAUGCUUCGGGUAUAUGGCCGCCGGGCGAGAUAUUCCUGUGGAGGGCAUUUAUGACGCGAUUGGGCCAUUCAUCAAUCUCUUGGUGUGCAGGAUGCACCUCGAUGAGAAACUCUCACCUAAUGAUCUCCUGCAGGCCAUGCAAACUGACUACCUCGAGAGUCUGCCACAUCAACAUGUUUCCCUUGCAGCGAUUCAGCACGCGCUCGGACAAAGUGACGUUGCCCUCUUCAACAGUAUCAUGUCUCUGCAGCGAAAACCAUCCCCGGGAUCGCCUCCAGAGAUCGAGCUUCAGGUUGUCGCUGAGAAUGAUCCUACGGAGUACGAUGUCGACCUCAAUAUCACAACAGGCGAAGAAUCAGGUGUUGAGAUUCAUAUCACUUACAGAAACUCUGUUCUUACAGAUUCGCAAGCAGACCGACUAUUGUGCAAUUUCACUCACAUUCUGUUUGCACUUGCCGCUUGCGCGAAUCAGCCGCUUGCCCAGCUGGACUUGUCUAAAGCUAGUCCGAUGUCUCUCGCCCAGGCUGUAUCCCGCGAGGAGCCGGUGUCAGUUCAAGCCAGCAUUCCUAAGUUGAUCUCAGAGAGAACAGAAGCAAGCCCGACAUCGAUUGCCGUACAAUGCAUGGUUGAUGACACAAUUCUCACGUAUUAUGACCUGGAUUGUUUGACUUGUUCCUUGGCAGAUCAUCUACUGCGACUAGGAGUCUGCCAGGGGGACAUAGUGCUGCUCGACUUCCCACGUUCAAAGUGGGCUCUAGUGGCACUUCUGGCAGUUUUAAGAGCUGGUGCAACGUCGCUUGCGUUGAGCUCGACACAUGACUUGAAAGAUAUUCGCGAAGCCCUCACAGCGCAAAAGUCGGCCAUUGUUCUGGGCGGCGAAAGGUUUACUGCGAAAUCUGUCAAUGAUGGUUUCACUCAUGUGACGGUCGACGCUGCAUUCAUGACUAGUAUCAAGGCGGUCACUCUGGCAAACACAGCUCUGCGAGAUAUUUCCCCGUCUGAAGUCGCUUUGGCAGUAAAGGACGGCGAGGACUGGGCUUUAUUAGCUCACCACACAAUCAGUACGGCGGCCUCGCAUCUUGGGUCAAAGGCCGGUCUCACUCCCGGCGCCCGGGUCGUUCAACUCAGUACCAUCGAGUCCACUUCCUAUCUGGUUGAGACGCUUUUCACUCUGAUUCGCGGCGGCACUGUGAUCGUGCCUCCUACUGACAUGAGUGUAACUCAGUCAUUACGCCUCUCCCGGGCCAAUUGGGCCCUGCUCAGUAAAGAUGAGGCUACCUCGACAAAUACCACUCAAGUCCCCGAGCUGCAGACAUUGGUGGUUGCUGGAGACAGAAUGCCAAUUUCCUUACAGCUCAAGUGGCGCGAUGUGAAUCUGAUUCAUCCCCACCAACUUAAUCACAUUCAUGUCUGGGUAUCCCUGAUGAUAGCGCCUGCUGGCUGUGACAGCUUACAGCCUUGCCCUAUCCCGGCACUCGCACGCACUUGGGUUCGAUCUCCAUUCAGUCAGACUGCGCUGGCUCCCAAAGAAUUCAAAGGAGAAGUUUUGGUCGACGGUCCUCUUGUUCCUCGAGGAUACGUUCGAAAUAGCUCACAAAGCCUUUUGAGAAACCCUGUGUGGCUUCCAAACGCCGUGCUGGUUUGUACAGGGGUACAGGGCCGUUGGUCAAAUAAUGAAGUGGACCUCGAAGAACAGUCACCCUCGCGUGCCACAGGGAAUACUGCUGAUAUCCUGGGGAUGGAGGAGCUGGUCAAAACUACGCUCCGACCCACCGAAAAUGUGCUUAUUACUGCCAUCCAAAAUGAGGCCGAAGAUCGAAUUGUUGCCUACUUCACCAAUUCCCCCGAAGGUGAAGAGCCUGUGAAGUUGUUACCGUUGACCGAUGCAUUGCAACAACGGUUCUUGGAAAUACAAGCGUUCCUGAAAGGCAAAGUUUCCGAUGACUUGUUGCCAGAAUUCUGCUUCCCCGUCAACAGAAUACCUCUAGCGAUCAAUCGCCAAUUCGACCGACCCGGGCUGAAUCAGCUUGUAUCUAUGCUUUCUGAUGAUACUUUGGCCUCCUAUCGCGUGCAGGCGCCAGCCAUCGCUCCCCGCCUCACAUCAAAUGAGAAUCUGAUUGCUGACCUCUGGUCAGAGGUUUUGCAUCUCCCCGAUAGAGCAAAGCUUGAUCCAAGUGAAAGCUUUUUCCGUCUGGGAGGCGACUCUAUCGGUGCCAUGCGCAUCAUUGCCGCCGCGCGAAGCCAAGGCCUUGUCUUGACAAUGAAUGGGAUUUUCCAGCAGCCGACUCUUGCUGGCAUGGCAAAAGAGAUCCGACUCCUCGCCCCACAUGAGGAUAGGCCUGUCGAGCCCUUCUCACUUCUUCCUCCUGCCGUUGACUCCACAACUCUGAUAUCGGAGGCCGCUGCAAAGUGUCAUGUUGAUGCAUCUGCUGUCGAAGAUAUCUACCCUUGCACCCCUCUCCAGGAGGGAUUCAUGGUCCUUACUAGUCAAGAUUCUGCUGCGUACUAUGUACAGGAAGUCUUCAAGAUGCCAGAGUCCGUAGACUUGGCCCGUUUCCGUGAAGCUUGGAGCACCGUCGUGUCAAGGAGCACCAUUCUACGUACCCGCAUUAUCUCCGUUCUCGACGGCUUCUUCCAGGUAUUGCUUCGCGAGCCAGUCUACUGGCAAUCCGGGGUAGAUCUUGAAACCUACUUGCGUGAUGACAUGAAAAAAGCGAUGUCCUACGGUCAACCUUUGUCUCGGUUCGCGGUUGUGGAAGCUCCACGUCAGCGCUACUUCAUUUGGACUGCCCAUCACGCUGUUUAUGAUGGUCUUACAAUGGCGACGUUGGCGAAGCAAGUCUCUGCUGAGUACAACCAGGAGAUGGCACUGCCUGAGAUCCCCUACAACCGGUUUAUUGACUACAUUCAAGGCGUCAGCCCUGCUGCUGCUACUGAAUUCUGGGCUGCGCAAUGUGCUGUGCCAGCAACCACGUUCCCUAUGUUGCCAUCUCGUGAUCAGCAGCCUUUCCCUGACCAAUUCAUGUCGCACUCAAUCCCGGUGAAAAUCAAGCCAUCCACCAUCACUCUAUCGACUGUUUUGAGGGCAGCCUGGGCUAUGGUACUUGCUCAGUUGACAGACUCUGAGCAUGUCAAUUUUGGAGUCACACUCUCUGGACGAAAUGCGUCCAUGGUUGGUAUUAACCAGGUGCUUGGUCCUACCAUCGCCACUGUCCCAGUUCAAAUCCACGUGCCCCAAAAUCUGGCACCACAGAAAUUCUUGCAAGCUGUCCACAAACAAGCGAUCGAUAUGAUCCCGUUCGAGCAUACAGGUCUACAAAACAUUCGAAAAAUGGGAGAGCAGUGCCGCGAGGCGGUCAACUUCCAAAAUCUGCUUAUUAUCCAGCCGGGCACUUCGCCGGUGGAUGACAGCGACUUUUUGGGUCUUACCCCGGUGCAACAGGACGGGGAUCAACGUGACCCGUACCCUCUCACGAUAGAGUGCAAUCUACUUGAUGACUCUAUCGAACUCAAAGCCCAAUUUGAUAGCCGAUUCGUUCCUUCUGGCGAGAUGUCUCGAAUCCUGAAACAAUAUGCACGCACCGUUGAACGCUUCCAGACAUUGGACGAGGCUGUGUCGGAAGAUGACGGCGAAGAAACUUUCGAUGCAUCCAAUGGGCUCAGUGAUGACGAUGUUGAACAAAUCUUGGCCUGGAACUCGGACCGACCGGUACUGAUUGAAAAGUGUCUUCAUGAAGUAUUCGAAGAGCAGGCGCGACUUCGACCUGAUGCUCCUGCUGUCUCAUCCUAUGACGUGCAACUCACCUAUCGCGAACUAAAGGAUCUGAUUGAUCGUUUGGCGAUGCAGCUUCAGAGCAUGGGUAUCAAGCCUGAAAUGAAGAUCCCUCUUUGCUUCAGUAAAUCUUCGUGGACAAUCGUGGCCAUGUUUGCUGUCUUCAAGGUUGGGGGUGUUGCUUGCAUGCUUAACCCCGAGCACCCCAGCAACCGUAUUCAUCUUCUUCUUCGCGAUCUUGAUGCCGAAUACGCCCUUUGUGAUCAAGCGUCAUUAUCCAUGAUGGCAUCUUUGCUUUCGCCGGCAAAUGUUCUUUCCGUUGACGGCACGUACCUUCGCUCUCUUCCACCCUCUUCGACGCUUUCAUACCAAGUCCAACCUGGAAAUGCCGCGCUUGUGGUUUACACUUCCGGAAGUACAGGCAAACCCAAAGGCAGCAUUUUGGAGCACCGUUCCAUAGUGACUGGUCUGACGGCUCAUUGCACUGCCAUGGGUAUUGGCCCUGAAUCUCGUGUGUUCCAAUUUGCUGCUUAUACCUUCGAUGUCUGUUUCGAAGAGAUAUUUGGGGCAUUAAUGCUAGGUGGAUGUGUCUGCGUGCCAAGCGAGGACGAGCGAAUGAACAGUCUCGCUGAUGCGAUGGCGCGGUAUCGGGUCACUUGGACCGAACUUACCCCUACUGUUGCGAGCUUGCUACUUCCCAGCAGUAUACCUACCCUGAAGAGUCUCGCACUUAGCGGUGAAUCUGUUACCAAGGAAGUUGUUCAGAGAUGGGGAGAUGCCGUUCAACUCAUCAACACAUAUGGCCCUAGCGAAUGCUGCGUCUCAAGUACAUGCAAUGUCGAGACUGCAAUUGUCCGAGACCCCAGCAACAUUGGACGCGGCCUUGGCUGCACAACGUGGAUUGUCAACCCUGAUGACGUCAACGUUUUGGCUCCGAUUGGCGCAACUGGUGAGCUGCUAAUUGAAGGCCCUAUCGUUGCUCGAGGCUACCUCAAUGAGCCCGAGAAGACGGCUGCUGCGUUCAUCUCUGCCCCUGCGUGGUGGCCCGAGUCUUGGUCCUGUGGACGAAUUUACCGAACCGGCGACCUGGUCAAAUAUAACGCCGACGGCACAAUCAAGUUCAUUGGACGCAGAGACACCCAGGUCAAGCUACAUGGUCAGCGUAUUGAGCUCGGUGAGAUUGAACAUCGGAUUCGCGGCGCAUUCACGGACUCGUCCCACCAAGUUGCUGUUGAAGUUCUUGCUCCAAACACUCGUGGCGGUUUAAAGAUCUUGACAGCAUUCAUCUGUGAGAGCAGCCAAGUAUCGGAGGAAUCGGACGGUCUUCUGCUUGAUCUGGAUGAUGGGAUGUCCCACCGAUUCCUCGAGUUGCAGGCCCGCCUGAUGGGAGAGCUCCCUCGCCACAUGAUUCCGCAACUUUUCAUUCCAAUCAAGCACAUGCCACUAUCCCCGUCACGCAAGAUUGAACGCAAAGUUCUGAGAGCCUUGGGCAAUGCCCUCCAAGCAGACCAGCUUUCUGCAUACGCUCUAACCCAAACCGCCAGAACGGCCCCAAGCACUGCCACCGAGAAGGCGCUGUCAGAUAUUUGGACCGAGGUCCUCGGAACGAGCCCAAGUGGAACUGAAGAUCAUUUCUUCCACCUGGGUGGAGACUCUAUUGCUGCCAUGAAGGCUGUCGCGGCAGCCACAAAGAUCGGUCUUUCGUUGAGCGUGGCGGAGAUUAUGCAAUUCCCUACCCUGCGGGCGAUGGCAGCUGCGAUAGACUCCGCUGCCGAUAAUGAGGACGUGGACGAGGAAGUUCUGGAGUGUUUCAGUUUGAUCCCUCCUUCUCAGGUGUCUGAUGUUGUUGCCGAGGCGGUGGCACAGUGUGCUGUUCCAGCGGAGGAUAUUGAAGAUAUUUAUCCAUGUACACCUUCGCAGGAGGCUCUCAUGGCUUUAACUGCCCGCGACGAAGCAGCAUAUGUAUCGCGAGCUGUGUAUCGAUUGCCGCUGAAUUUGGACGUUGCUCGUUAUCGCGAAGCAUUCGAGCAACUGACUCAACGUCAAGCCAUAAUGCGCACCCGAAUCAUUUAUUCAAGUGUUGCUGCGAGAUCCUACCAAGUGGUGGUGCAAGGAAGCCUCAUCUGGCACACUGAUGAAUCACUCGCUGCCUAUGUCGCAGCAGACAAAUUGACACCCAUGCGCCAUGGUGACGCGCUUAUGCGAUUUGCACUUCUUGAAGGUUCAACAGAAGACCCUCGCCCCUGCCUUGUUUACACCGCCCACCAUGCUGUCUAUGAUGGUUGGAGUGAAGCUUCCAUGUUCGAAGAAGCUGAGACGAUUUACCGUCAAGGCCUGAACGCAUUGCCAGCUGUCGCACCUUACAAGAAAUUCAUCCACUAUCUGUCCACAAUCGACAGUGCCGCAAGUGAGGAAUUCUGGCGCUCACACCUCGAAGGCGAUCUACCUGCUCCUUUCCCUCCAGGCUCUCCCGAUGCUACCACGUCUCUUCUCACCUCUCGUCCGAACCGUUCUCAAUUCCACAGCAUUCGCUUGCCAUCCCUUCACUCUUUACCUUACACCAUUCCCACUGUUCUCAAAGCUGCUUGGGCCUUGCUCCUUAGCCGCUAUACCACCUCUGAUGAUGUCAUCUUUGGCCAUGUUCUUUCUGGCCGCACAGUGCCGCUACGUGGUGUGUCCGAUAUGAUGGGCCCUACUAUCUCAACAGUUCCAGUCCGCGUGCGUUUGAACCCCGACGAGAGUGUCGAAGCACUCCUGCGCCGCAUUCAAACCCAAGCUCAAGACAUGACAGCCUUUGAGCAAAUCGGAAUGCAAAACAUCCGCCGACUGCUCGCCAGCCCGGAGGCAGUCGACGUUGGCCAUCUCUUCUUCAUACAGCCCCCCAUGGAAGCGGGCACCACGGAUCUCGCACUUGAACCUGUCGCAGACGCGGAUUUCAACUUCGACACCUACCCAUUGAUUGUGGAAUGUCAGUUGGACUCGGACAAUGGUGCAACACUUUCGGUGAAAUACAAUGACGCCCGCAUCUCCCAGACUUCUAUGACUUGGCUCCUUCAGCACUUUGAGAAUCUAGUUGGUCAGCUAUACCAGUCACCCCGCACUGCAGCUAUCUCAACUCUUGAACUCACGGGAAGCUCCGACAUACAAACUCUGCGAGGGUGGAUUGGUGCGCCAGUCACGCCCGUGCAGAACACGGUACACGACGAGUUCCGGUCCCGCGCAUUUGCCCACCCUGAGCGUUGCGCUGUCCAAGCAUGGGACGGCACGCUGAGCUACCGUGAACUUGAUGUUCUCUCUUCGCAGUAUGCUCGGAAGCUUUGCAGUCUUGGACUUUCGGUCGGCCAGGCUGUCGGGCUGAUCUUUGAUAAAUCAUGUUGGGCAGCCGUCGCUAUGUUGGCUGUACUCAAAGCUGGAGGAUGCUGCGUGCAACUUGAUGCUAAGCAUCCGUCCACCCGGUUGGUCGAAAUUGUUGAAGACACUAGCCUUCACCACAUUUUAGCCGCAUCGUCUCAUGUUUCUCUCGCAAAGUCGCUACCAGUCGAUCAUGCCAUCGAAGUGAAUCAUUUGUCAAACUCAGCACUGCAGACUUCUCUUGACAAAGCUAGCCGUCUGCCAGUCGUUGAUGUUAUGUCACCUGCCUACAUGACUUUCACAUCGGGCAGUACUGGCAAACCAAAGUCUGUAGUGAUCAAUCACCAGGCAAUCCACACAAGUAUUUCUGCUUUCAGCUCGGCUCUAUGCAUGAACUUCAAGUCUAGGGUGUUGCAGUUUGCCGCAUACACCUUUGACAUCAGUUACGCAGAGACCUUUGCACCACUGACACUCGGAGCUACCUUGUGUGUGCUCUCCGAGCAAGACCGUCUUAAUGACUUAGCCGGUGCCAUCUCCCGUCUUGGUGCAAAUUGGGCCUGUUUGACACCCACUGUGGCUAGUCUGGUCGAACCUGCCAGCAUCAAAGGGCUUCUGAAGACACUGGUCCUCAGUGGAGAAGCUCCCACGGAGGAGAAUCUGCGCAUUUGGUCUGGCAAAGUGCCCAACUUGAUCAAUGCUUACGGUCCAAGUGAAGCAUCAGUCUGGUGUGCCGCAGGUUCCUUCAAACGGCCUGACGACAGUUGCACAAACAUUGGUCGACCUGUGGGAUGUCACCUUGUGAUCGCGGAGCCCAGUGACAUCAAUCGGCUAACACCAGUGGGCUGUGUCGGCGAGCUCAUUGUUUGCGGACCUAUCUUGUCAUCCGGGUACUUGAACAACGAAAAAGCCAACAGCGCAGCUUUCCAUCAAAAUAUCGCAUGGCGCGAAAAGCUAGGCAUUCACGCGGGUUGCUCGCGCGUCUAUCGAACUGGUGAUCUGGCACGUUUCUUGCCAGAUGGCAGCAUUGAGUAUCUUGGUCGUGCUGAUACCCAAGUCAAGAUCUACGGUCGGCGUAUCGAGCCACGCGAAAUUGAACAUCACAUUCAUCUUGAACUUGGUGACUAUUUGAAUAUGGUCGACAGCGUUACGCUGGCGAAUCGCAAGAACCAAAAGAUGCUAGUUGCAUUCAUCUACCAAGAGUCUGCAUUUGUGCCAAACCUUGACCUUGCCACCCUUGCACGCGAUCUCAACCCUGAAAUUCAAUCCACCUUGGCUAGCCUACAAGCUGCGCUUCGUUCUAGACUCCCUCACUGGAUGAUACCGACUCUUUUCAUCCCUCUGCGCUUCAUGCCUACCAAUGCGGCUGGAAAGACCGACAGAAAACUCCUCGCACGAGCUGUCAACCUACUCACAGACGACCAACUACGUGACUUUGCUCUUUCGGGUCGCACAGAAAAGAAGCCACUGACGACUUAUCUCCAGCAGCAGCUUGCAGAUCUUUGGGCCGAUGUUCUCACACUCGACGUGCAAAGCAUUGGUGCCGAUGACACCUUCUUCACCCUGGGUGGUGACUCCAUUCUCGCAAUGAAAAUGGCUAGUCGGGCCCGCAGCGCUCAAAUUAGUCUCAGUGUGGCUGACAUUUUCAACUACCCUGUCUUGGCUGACUUGGCUUCCCACCUGCAGGCUCUGAUGCCGCUCACUCCUGGCUCGGAGACACCAACGUCAGACUUCCAUUCAAAGAUGGCGCUUGCCCCUGCAACUGACUUGGUUCUUCUUGAGGCCCUGGCACAGAAGGCUGGCGUUGAUGCAGCUGCUGUUGAAGCUGUUGAACAUACAACUGACUUCCAAGACCUCGCUUUGGUGGGCCACCUGAGCAAAUCGCGUUGGAUGCUGAAUUGGUUCUUCUUCGACGGUCCUGGAUCUGGUGAUGCCGAGCGCUUACGCAAGGGAUGUCAUGAUUUGGUUCAGCAAUUUGACAUUCUUCGCACUGUCUUCGUGGCGCAUGAAGGCCGCUUCUGGCAAGUUGUGCUGAACAAAUUGAAGCCUUCUUUCCGAGUGGAGUCGACUGCCGACUUUGCUGGCUUCACACAAAGCCUGUACGAGGAUGGACUUGCUCAAGAACUGAACCUCUCCAAACCUUUGGUCGAGUUUGUACUCGCAGUGCAUCCCAGUGGACAUUCUCACCGACUGCUCAUGCGCUUGUCCCAUGCUCAAUAUGACGGAGUGUCUCUUCCUACUCUUUGGGACUGCCUCCAGCGGGCCUGCCAUGGCGAGGCACUUCCCAGAAUUUCAUCAUUCACGCAGUUCCUCAGGGCCACGAAACCCGCGAAUCUCGACGCAACGCGCUCAUACUGGCGCUCCCUGCUUAACGGUGCGACUGAAACGCGAUUUGUGGCACACUCAAAGCCUGCUCUUCGUGACGAGGCUCAUGAUCGCGUCGUUCAUGUCACACGUCGCCAGGUCCCGGUAGUGUCCCUACGCCAACAUGGAAUUACCCCUGCCACCGUACUCCGAUCCGCCUGGGCUAUCCUGUUGGCACGCCUGUCUGCUUCCAGCGAUGUCACAUUCGGACAAACCACAGCCAAUCGUUCCGCAACGACUCUGCCUGACAUUGAGAAUGUUGUCGGACCAUGCCUCAACGUCGUACCUGUGCGUGCUUCUCUGAAGCCUGGCCAGACGGUCCUUGAAUUCCUUCUUGCACAGCAAGCACAACAAGUCUCUGGUCUUGCUCAUGAAUCUCUCGGAUUCCGUCAAAUUAUCCGUGACUGCACCAACUGGCCCAGCUGGACCCAUUUCAGCAGUGUUGUACAGCAUCAGAACAUUGAACCCGACCGCGACGUCCCACUCGGCCCCAACGAUGCUGACAUGUACAAGCCUGGCUUCCUCGGCGCUGACCUUGACCUGACCGACGUCUCCGUAUUGUCAACUCCUACAAUCGAUGGUUACGUUGAUCUGGACCUACUCACCUCAUGCAAGGUCAUGUCGCCAUUUGCCGCGGAGCUCCUGGUCGAUCAGCUGAGUGAGUUACUGCAAUUGUGGGCUGUGGUGCCUCUUGAAAAAUUCAAGGUCAAUGAAAGGUCGAUGACCACUGCGAUGAUUCCUCUUGUUCCUGCGGAUAUUGGCGCCCCUCCUGUCGUGAAGAACAGUCGUCGUGCGGAUAUUCAGGAUGCCUGGCAAACUUGCCUGUCCAAGGCUAAUUCUGUCGUCAACCUUGAGGAUGGUGAUGCGGAUUUCUUCCGCUUGGGUGGUGAUUUGGUGCAGAUGGCGCAAUUGGCAAGUGAAUUGCACGCUAAGGGCAUCGGUCGCGGUGUUGCGCUUGAAACACUCGUGCAGCAUUCUACCCUGGAUGCGAUGGUGCAGAUUCUAUCCUAG